UGCUUCUCGACUCUGAACUACCCAGUCAGCAGGCUGACCUGGCCGCUAGUGAACUGCCUCCUGUCAGUAGGUUUCCUUUCGUUUGGCUGGAGUCUUCUCACACGCGGGACUUGAGAUUUUGCGUUUUUUUCUGCUGAGAACUCAAGAGACCAUGUCUGCAGAUAUCUCUUCAUCCACGAGAGAGGAGGGAAGCUGUGGCUCAGGACCCAGUUUUAGAUGCAACCAGAGGAAGAUGCUGCACCUGCUGCUGGAGAGAGACAGUUCCUUUACCAUCUGUCCAGAGCUCCCUAGAACUCCGGUGGACAAGCUGCUCGGUGAAUCUGCAAAUCUCAGCAUUUUGUCUGGAGAUACCCCCAAACGUUGCCUGGAUCUUUCGAAUCUUAGCGGUGCGGAGGUGUUUGGCGCUCAGCUUGCCGCUGCUGCGGACCUUGAUGAAACUGGUCACAUGGAUUCUUCAGAACCUCAGGAAAUGCAGUUUAGUGGGAUGAGUCGUCACCAGAGCCCUAUGAAGUGCAGCCCACUUUUGUGUAGCACUCCGAAUGCUUUGGACCAUGAGUGUACGUCACUCAGGAAGAAAGAAAAUCAGGACAAUGGAAACUUGAUAGAAAACGAGGUGAAUUACUUGGGUAGUCCCAUUACUAUAUUUUCAAAAUUGGAUAAAAGCCCAGACAUGGUACAAGAUCGAGCAAGAGAGAUUUCAAGUGAAUUGAUGGGAUUUUUCCUGGAGGAUCAAGAAGAGAGCAAGGCAUUCCUGAAUAGAAGCUGCCUGUAUCGCUCACCCUCAAUGCCAGAGGGUUUGAAUAGGCCAAGAGUGAAGCAGGUAAAAUCUAAGGACAACGUGAUACCAGAUCGAACACACAAAAAGUAUUGUUCUGGCCCUGAAAUGUUUAGGAAGGGUGCAGGCUCAAAGAAGACAGUCUCCCUCUGUGACAUUAAUAUCACUUGCAUGCUGGAGGAAGUGUCCAACCAGGGGCAACUGACUGGUGAUUUUUCCAAGGUAUGUGUGCUGCCAACCGUGUCAGGGAGACACCAAGAUCUGAAAUACAUCAACCCAGAAACAGUGGCAGCCUUGUUGCUGGGGAAGUUCCAGAGUCUGAUUGAGAAGUUUUAUAUCAUCGAUUGUCGCUAUCCGUAUGAAUACCUGGGAGGGCACAUCAAGGGUGCUUUAAACUUAUAUAGUCAAAAAGAGCUAUAUAGCUUCUUCCUGAAGAAACCCAUUGUUCCUUUGGAUGUCCAGAAAAGAAUCAUCAUUGUGUUCCACUGUGAAUUCUCCUCUGAGAGGGGCCCUCGAAUGUGCCGCUCUCUACGAGAAGAGGACAGGGCUCGGAACCAGUAUCCUGCAUUGCAUUACCCAGAGCUGUAUAUCCUCAAAGGGGGUUACAGGGACUUUUUUCCAGAAUAUACGGAGCUGUGUGAACCACAGAGCUACUGCCCUAUGCAUCACCUGGACCACAAGGCGGAGCUGCUGAGGUGUCGAAGCCAGAGCAAAGCCCAGGAAGGGGAAAGGCAGCUGAGGGGGCAGAUAGCCCUCCUGGUGAAAGACAUUUGUCCGUGAGAGCAGGUCAGCCAGUGGGCUGUUAAAGAGUCAACAAGGACACAGGAGAAAGCUGAGCAGAAAGAGGCCAUCAUCUAGGUGCUACCCAGAUGCUAUAUAGAGGCCAAAGCCUGUGUAGCUCUACGAUAGUAAAGAUGUCUGUGAUCCAGGUCUGGGAUUGCGGGCUGGUGGCUGAGUCCUGGAGCUGGUUCUGAGUUUGUAGCCUUGAGUUGUUUCAGAGAGCUCCUGCAUUGCUCUGUCCAACUCUUCAUGUUUUUCCACAGGCCAACCAGCACUCUCUCAGUGGCUUUCGCUUACAGAAAAAGAGUUGCCCACCUUCUUUUUCUCUGGUUUCCUUCUUUUCCCCUCCUUGCCCCUCCAGGUUUUCAAAAGGAAAAU